ACUAGUAUAAAACCCCGAUUCAUAUACCCCCUUUACAUACAACCCAUUCAAAACAAAAAAAAAAACAAAAAACUUGUGUAACCAACAGGAUAUAUAAACAUGUCAGGAAAUGCAAAAAUACUGUUAUCUGAUGUGGUCCUUACGACGAAGAGGCGAAACAUCUUCUGGGGACGCAAAUGGAGCAACAUGGAUGUUUGGAUGGCUGGAGGGAUUCUAAUUGUUCAUAUUCUCGCGGGUUUUGCACCAUUUAUGUUCACUUGGAAUGCUUUCUUGGCUGGCUUUUGCGCAUACGUGUUGAUGGUCAUGGGUAUCAGUGUCUCGUAUCACCGUAAUCUGUCGCACCAUAGUCUCAAGCUACCCAAGUGGCUUGAGUACUUUUUUGCUUAUCUUGGAGCCCUAUCUCUCCAGAGGGAUCCAAUAUUUUGGGUGAGCAUUCAUAGAUAUCACCAUAAAUAUGUUGAUACCGAAAAAGAUGCACACUCUCCCAUCUUUGGGUUUUGGUUUAGUCAUAUGGGAUGGCUCUUUGAUAGUGGCUACAUUAUUGAAAAGUAUAAAGAGCGUAACAAUGUAGAAGAUUUGAAGAGUCAAGCAUUCUAUAGGUUCCUUAGAAGAACUUAUUUAUACCAUAUAAUAGCGUUCGCGGCCCUUGUUUAUGCUUUUGGUGGAUUCACCUAUCUCGUAUGGAUUGUGGGUGUUGGCACCACAUGUACUUACCAUGCAAUAUGGUUAGUGAAUUCAGCCAGUCACAUAUGGGGAUAUCAAAGUUGGGACACCGGUGAUCUCUCAAAAAAUAAUUGGUGGGUGGCAUUGCUUAGUUUUGGUGAAGGAUGGCAUAACAACCAUCAUGCAUUUGAAUAUUCAGCUCGACAUGGGUUUGAGUGGUGGCAAAUUGACCUUGGUUGGUAUGUCAUAAGGUUUCUUGAAGCAUUGGGGUUAGCCACUAAUGUUAAGUCGCCAUCUGAAGCUCACAAACUUAAAAAAUCAUUUGCUUCUACUAACAAGCACAAAUGAUAUAUAUCAACUCAUCACUUCAUCCAGCUAGCAUGUCAUAUAUAUCUCUUUGAAUCAUAUAUAAUUUCUUCUAUUUAAAAUGUGAAAGAAGGAUCAAUAUAAUUAAGUAUUUUGUGUGAGUAGACACUCAUGUGUGUGCAAUAAUUUCUUUGUAGACACUCAAAGGUGUUAUUGGAUUGGUUAAUUGGUUUGUUUUCUUUUUCUUUUUUUUUUUUCUUUUUUUAUGGAUUUGGCAAAAUCCAAAAUGGUUGUGAUGCGUGUA